ACGCGCACAAAGCAAGUCGUUUCAUUUCAGACACAGUUCCAAUGGAAAAUCCCAUAUUGCCUACAAAUUGGACAAUCCAAAUAGGAAAGACGGAAACGCACUGAGGCGAAUUACCAGGGUUGUAUUGUUUUGAUCCAUCGUCAGGCGCCUAUAAUUUCUCUAUCAGCCAUUACUGCUCUAUUAUUAUUUACAGAGAGUUUCAGAUUGGAAGCCCAGAGAGAGAGAGAGAGAGAGAGACGAAUCCAUUGUUGUUCCCCGUCGGACAUUCCGAGUCAUGACGUCGUCUCCUCAGUCGCCGGCGAGCAAGAUCGAGGCGGCGCACCAGCUCUACAGAGAGGGGAAGCACGCCCCCGCGCUGGGAUUCUACACGGAAGCGCUCGCCGCCGCCAAGACUAAGCCGCAGAGGAUUGCCCUCCAUAGCAACCGAGCUGCUUGCUACCUCAAGUUGCACGAUUUCAAGAAGGCAGCCGAAGAGUGUACUUUCGUGCUGGAGCUGGAUUACGACCACACCGGAGCUUUGAUGCUGCGGGCGCAGACGUUGGUGACGCUGAAAGACUAUCACUCGGCCUUGUUCGAUGUCAAUCGGCUGAUGGAGUUGAAUCCAUCUUCGGAAGUUUACCAGAACCUCGAAACUCGAUUGAGGACUCAAUUGUCCCUAGCUCCAAUACCAGAGUCCGAAGCUGAGUUAGAGGAAGAAGAAGAGGAUGAGAAAGAUGAUGACUCAGAAGAGGGAGAAGAAGUUGAAGACCAAGAUGUCAGCAUAGUGCAAAACAGUAUGCUUGAACAAGAUCGGACUGCUGUAUAUAUGGAAGAAGGCAUUCAGAAGUCUUCCAAUGGAGGCAGAGAUGAUCAGAAAUCCGAGCCAAGGAAAAGCAUCACGGCUGAAGUUAUGGCACAAGCACAGAGGAAGACUGAGCCGAGGAGAACCAUUGCAGCUGAAGUUAUUGCACAGGCACGGAGGACUGAUAAAGCAUCACCCGAGCAACAGUCCAAUGGUUGGCAGGCGAUUCCGAAACCAAAGGGACACUCGGCGUUGGAUUAUGCACGUUGGGAUAGAGUCGUCGAAGACGACUCAAGCGAUGAAGAUGACGAUGACGAAGAUAAUGAUGAAGAGGAGCCUCGGCCACAGUACAGAUUCCGUGUCAGAACUGUUGGCGUACAACCUGUAAAGUGAAACAAACAACAAGAAAAUGCACAUCCAUAGGCAAAGAAACACGGAUAUGAGAGGUGCAACCGCUGAAUGCUUGCGUUGGGUAAACAUCAGAGGCACAACUUAUGGCGAAUCAUGAACUUUGACAGCUGAGAGAAGACGAAGGGCUUCUUUCGAGGUGGCAGGAAUGCAGAAAGUUAGAUGCUGAAUGAACCAUUGCUGGGACAUUGAUGAGAAGGAGUUCCAUAUCAUGAUCAAUGCAUAUGCAUUACCGCAGCUUAAUGUUUCAGUUCCAACAACAUCGCAAAGGAUUCCAGAGUAGAAUCGC